CUUCAACCUUUGCCCAGCAAGUCUCUGAGUUUUGUGAAAGAGCUGAACGAGAGAACGAAAAACACCUGUUAAAACACAUGGGAAGUGGAUAUACACCUACGUUUUCCACAAUCUGCAUCUAACGGAAGAAUACAGGAGAAAGAUAUGGGUUGCUCCGGUUGGGGUGCGAUCGCAAUGUUUUUCCUCAGUCGAGCCUUGCUCACACAGGCACAUCCUGCCCUGCAGUCCUCACUGAGAGCAUACAGAGGCUCUCAGAGACAUCUUCUGGUGGAUCCUUCAGGCAGAAAUACUACUGAAGAAUCAGCAGCUCCAAGGGAUCUAGAGGGGAACUCAGCCUCCCAGACGUGGUACUACCUCGGCAUAGGCCUGGCCACAGUCGUCACUAUCUCCCUCAUCCUUGUGGUGGCCGUCAACAGCCGCCGACUCCAUCGUUUUCUGGCCAGCUACCGACACUCGCUGCUCCAGGAGGCAGAUGGAAUCAGCCAGUAUGGCCAUGAGGAUGUGUCCUUCCCCCAGGGAGUGGGUGGAACUCAGGGUGGGAUGGACGAAGAUGACGACGGGUUCAUCGAGGAUAACUACAUCCAGACCAGCGAGAGAGAGAGAGCAGAGAGAGACAAAGAGAAGGAGGACGAGGAGGGGACAGAGGACAGUGACGAUGAUCUUCAAUUCACCAUAGGGUGAUGACGUGAUACGAGAUCCCCUCACAACUGACAGUCGACAACUUGCUGAGACAGCUUUACACAUUCUAAUGGUGUCAAAAAACAAAACAAAAAAAAACAGUUGUGAUUCAAAGUUGAAAAAGUACGGUUGUUGAAAUGUUUGCUGAGUUGUGAGUGAAGCUGGUAAAAUUGAGGUUUGUUCAAUCACAAAAUCUUUCAGUAAUCCACUAGAGAUGACAAUGAUUCCUUAAUGAAGUGUGUACAAGAAGAAGUUACUACCUCUAUUCAUUUGAGACCGUCUUAUAGGCUCUUCUGCAAAAUAUUUUUUUCUUGGGCAGACCAUUUGUUUGUUUGUUUUUUCGAUUAAGCUCAUUGUGUGAUGAUUUGAACUGCCUGUGUAAAUUACCACUUUGACAACAUCAUAAAAAGAUCAUUAGUAAACAGCUCUGAACUACAUUAUGGGAAACGUAAUCUUUUACCCAAUAUGCAUAAUUUUAUUCCAACACUCUCUUGAAUAAACUUGUGCACACUCCAAUUAAGCAUAUCCUCACCUAAAUAUGGUAAUUAUGCUUAGAAACAUUAAAAGUACUUAAGUCAGUGGUACGGACUUAUGGCAUUUAGAAAACAUACACAGACAAAAGAAAACAAUGCUGAGUGGAAAACCAUAGUAAGACAAGUCAAGGACAUCUCAUUUCCAUAAGCAGAAACAGAAACAGCAAAGUUGACCCAGCAUUGAGGUGACUGAGACAGGAGUGAUCUCUGAGGGUUCUCUUACAGGAAGUCAUGUAAGAUGUCAUAAACAUUUUAACGAUGCCAUAAAAAUUCUUAA